AUGGUCACGACCUCAGGCUUCAGCCACACGCCGGUCACCCGCCUCCUAAUCCUAAGCUCCGUUGGCUUGUCCAUCCUCGUGUCCACGCUCUCCAUCCAGUACCUCCUACCUGUCCGACCACAUCCGCAUCUGUGGCCGUACCUGCAGUUCUCCCGCCUCCUGACCUACCAGGUCGCACACACCAGCUCGACCGAGCUGCUGUUCUCCGCCGUCCUGCUAUACCAGUUCCGAGUCCUCGAAAGGAUAUGGGGGAGCCGAAAGUUUGCGAGUUUUGUCGCCGUGGUCUUCUGGUGCAAUGUCGUGGUCGUGCCCGCGCUGGUCGUCCUGCUGAAGCUUGUGACCCUGGGCUGGUAUAACUACCUCCCGAGCGGGUCGGCCGGGCUGGUGUUUGCCCUGCUGAGCGCAUGGGCGGAGGAGGUGCCACGCAUAUACAGGUACAAGAUCGCCACGGGCUCACCGGCCGCGUCGGCGGGCGGCGGACCACCACAAGUGCCGGGUAUCAUCUUGAGCGACAAGUCCACCACGUACCUGCUGGCGGCGCAGUUGGCGCUCAGCCAGUUUCCCUAUUCCCUCCUGCCCGCCGCCGUAGGGUGGACGGUAGGCACGGCGUGGAUGGGCGAACUGCUUCCUGGUGGACUGGCCCGAUGGAGAAUCCCCGCGUGGAUGGUUGGUGAAUCGAGCAAGAGAAAAGAACGAGACCGGUACGAAGGGCUCAGGCGCCGGUUAGAGGAGGAAGGCAGUUCGGCGGAUGGGAUGAGGACCGUCAGUGACCGAGUUGGUGCUGGCGGAGCAGAGCAGGAGAGUCAGAGGCGAGGGGGCUUUGGCAGGCAGAUCCUGGGAUAUUUCACGGGAUCUUCUUGA